UAUGCGUUGUGCAGAAGUCUGUGCUCUGGCCCCAACUCUAAACCACGCACUCGCGGAAGAAACGUGGGAAAGCAACUACGGAAGACACAGAUAUUUUGCGCGGGCCCCUCCAUGGAUCCUCUAUCAUGCGUUUUAAACCGUCAGUGGUCAGUGGUUUUGACAUAUAUGUAGCUUACGUCAUUUCAGGCAUGCGCUGUAGCGUGGGAAAUUCUUUGGAUCUCUCAGCACUGGUCCGUGAAGCUACUACAGUGUUUGCUCAGUGCGCGUGCGCGACUUUUCCUACGACUUGUCAUCACUGGGUCUAACCUCUUUCUUUACUGACUUUCCGCGAUAUAUUGUUGACGGAAGUACAUAUUUUAAAAUUUGAUUAAUAAAAAUAUAAUUUAAUACGUAUAAUCGACAGAAUGGGCAAAGAAAAUGAAACAGAUGGUACAAAGAAAAGGAGGAAAUCUGUAAGCGGAUGCGGUGGAACCACAGUGAAAGAUGGAGACAUGUACAAAACAAUAAUUAGUCAUGAAGAAAAGGAAGCCAUUGAAAGAUUGCCUGAGAAUGAUUCCGAAUCCUUCCUGACAACUUGCAAUAAUAUUCGAACUGCAAUGAGUAAAGUAGCUAAAUUGAAAUCCAGCGGAGACUCAAAUGCAAAGGAUGAAAUUCGUGAACUGCAAAUCCAGACAUCCUUGCAUUUUAUAGAAUUAAAGAAGCUAAAUCGCAUGGAGAAAUUUCGUACCAAAUUUGCACGUGAUUCUCUUGUGACAGCAAAAAGCAGUGUAGACAGCAAACAUCUGCAUUUACAGAACUUACUGUAUGAAGUAAUGCAUUUGAAGAAAGAAGUUAUCAAAUGUCUUCAGUUCAAAUCUAAAGACGAGUUAAUAGAACUUGUUUCAGAAGAAGAAUUUUACAAAGACGCUCCUGAAAAUAUUUCACGGCCUAAAAUAACAAAAAACAAUCCACAUCAAUUAAGGUUGGCACGUUUGGAAUGGGAACUGACACAAAGGAAACAAUUGGCGGCAUUGUGCGAUGAACUAACAGAAAGUAAAAAAGCAGUAGCAGCUAGCAUUGAUACAAAACAAACACGUUUGGAUAAUCUCGCGCCACAGCUACGUUCCAUAUUAGAAGCAAGCAAACCAUUGCAAGAAAGUCUUGGAUUGCCGCUCGAUAGAAUUCGUCAGGAGCAUCAAAAGGCAUCGUUACUCGCAUCACCACUUUAUGUCCUGUAUGCGAAAGUAUCUGCCUAUAGGGAUGCUUAUGAUAGUACAUUGCUAGUCAAAGUAGAAGGUGAUGAGGAUGAGGCAAAACGUGCAAAUAGUCAGGAUGGUCUACAGGAAUCCGAUUCAGACACUGAAAAUCAAUCGGAGAAUAUCGUGGAGGAAACACCAGUGCACAAAAAAAGACAUCAUAGAUUAUCUCGUGAAGCUAGACAAGAAGAGAAAAGAUCAAAAUUAAUGCAACGACACCCAUUGCAUGUAAAAAUUGUGAUCACUUUCAAAGGUGAAACGAAAUUGACUUUGCAUUUCUAUUACCUGAUUUAUUUAAAAGUAGUUACAGUAGAGUCAAAACUUGACACAGAAGAAUUGGGAGGUAUUAGUGCUGGGGAUAUGUUAAUAUCUGAAUCGAUUCUCCGAGAAUUGUAUCCACGGGAUCUGGGGUUGGAGAGUCCAAAUCCUGCCAAUCAGUAUCAACUAUCACGCUAUAACAUAACGGGUCCGCUAUCGUUAUUGGGACUAGGCAUUCCCUAUAAAUGGGCGCAAAGAAUGGCUGGUCUGACAUUUGUUUCAUCGAAUAUACGCGAACAAAAGCUCACGAGUCAAGAAUUGAGUCAAGACUGCGUCGAAAGUGUAUUGAAGGAGAUUAAACAGCGCGUGAAAGCAAGAUUGGACUUGUGUAAGGAAAUACGACACCUGGAGUCUGGCAAUUUACCAAUCCUCGUUAGUACGACAGAUCCGAUGCCGCAGAAGAUCUCCACGUCGUUGCACCGUUUCAUGACCAUAACUUGGAAAAAUUACUCAAAUUACGUAUCCUCGCCUAAUUUUUGUCAGCGGGAACUGCUGUCAUCUAUAGAUAUCUUCUAUGAGGCUAUAUUUCGUCGUGGAAGCAGUGAGCUCGUGGCGAGAAUCGCCAUUAAACCCGAUUACCCGAAAAUCGCGCCGAUAUUCAACGUGAGCAUCAGCCCCAUGGUUCCAGCAUCUGCCGAUAUCGUUAGAGACAUCGAAAGAGAAGUUAACGUGAUGUGGACGAAAUCACCGACGUUAGUCGCGCAGAUCCAGCGUUUGAGGGCUUGUUUCGAUAUCUAUUUGGAGACAGAGAGCAUGGCGCCGAAAGAGAAGAUUUUCUUCCAUCCUGUGAGAGGGAGGACUCGCUCUCGACCGUACAAAUAUUUGCCGCUGGGAGGAGGCAUAUUUACUCACCGUUAGAUAAUAAAUUUUUCUCUCUUAA